GUGCUGAAAUGAAUGUGAGUGGAAAUACGGAGGUAGAUGUGAAAGCUCAGUUACAGUAGCUAUUUGACAAGGAACUCGCUUGAUAUAAUGUUGCAGUUGCAUUUUACUAAAGACGCUCUGCCCGAUAAUGUCAGCAGCGAUUUUCAGACUUUGAAUAAAUUCAGUGAGCAGCAAUUUCUGAGUUUGACUGAUUUAUUGUACCAGUUUCUGUUGGAGCCUAAAGAGUCAGAGCGGUUCCUGGCCCAGCUGAGUGAAUUUGCAGGAGAGAAUGGCAUGGGGGCAGGUCCACUUAGAGGACUAAUGAAGAGCAUUCUGCUGCUUCCACAUGGUGCUAUGAAGAAGAACCUGACAGCUGAGCAGGUAAAAGAGGACCUGCUCUCACUUGGGUUGACUGAAGACAAGGCCAGUCACUUCUCUGAUCAGUGGAGGAUUCAUUACCCAGUGUUGUCCAGAUUGGCAGUUGCACAGACGCUGAUGGUGAACCAACUGGUGGAUAUGGAAUGGAAAUUUGGCGUUACUGUAGGAACAAGUGAACUGCAGAAAGCUGGAAACAUCUUCCUGCAGCUUAAAUUGGUGCUCAGGAAGGGCAACACAACAGAAAAUGUUUAUAUGGAACUGACUCUACCACAGUUCUAUAACUUCCUUCAUGAGAUGGAAAGAGCCAAAGCCAAUAUGGACUGCUUCAGUUGAGGACCAGGAUCCGUUCACACUGGACUCCUUUAAUGUUGACAGAUACAGUGUUGGUGAAUCAUGGAAGCUAUUGAAUGUGUGUAUGGGCAUGAAUGAAUAUAUGUGUUUAAAAGUGGUUAAUGUAUGACUCUAAUGUUUCCAUACACAGGAAAAUCUUUAGUGCACUUUGAUCUGUUACUUGAUCUGUCACUUUGAUCCUUCACUAGUUUGUUGUCUUUUAUAUGAUGAAAUCUACUUACUUAAUAAAACAAAUCGUUCAAUACAAAGACCAAUUUUUUUUUUCCCGGUACAUGACCAAAACUCUCAAAAUAAAAGUAUAAAAGUAACAGUCUAGAUUUUUCCAUGUCACUUAGGUACUACCAACACGGGGACAUGUUGUAUAUUUAGUAUGAAUAUUUUACCUGGAACUUUUAAAAUAAUUUAAGGCACAUAAUUAGACCUUAAGGACCACUACUCUAACAGCUAAUUAAAGUUACACCAUGUGCACUUUCCUGGGUAAAGGAUACAUACAGUAGUAAAAGUACAAAACAUGCACUCUUGAUGGCACCACUCCAGCAUUCAUUUCUUAGAGAUAAUAACGGACAAGAUUUUAACAAAUUGUUUAGAAGAUCAGAUUGUAAAGUUUUAUAUCUGUUUAUUUCUGUGCCUAAAAGCAGCCACUAUCCAAUUAACUCAGGCACUUAAAACUGAAGUAUCUCCACAUAUACCGAAUUUUUCAGCAGUAUUGAGUGGUUUCAGCUUAUUUCUUAUUCUUUUUAGAAUAAUAUUCAGAUUUCUUUCUUUCUUCACAAAAGCUGUGACAUUUAUAACCAACAUCUUGCAUCAUUUAUCUUGAACUCUCUAGUCUCUCAUCACCCUCUCUCUCUUUGUGUGUCUCCCUCUCUCACCUUGUGCAUGUCAGAGCUUGUUCCACAGAACAAAUUGCAGAAUCACAUGUGAGAGAUCAGGACCCACCGACAGUAAGAAAGCAAAGCAUUGUGCCCUUUUUUCUUUUGUCCUGUGUUUCUUUCCCCAGCAGGACUCCAUGAUUUGUGUGCAGUCUUUCUUGAGGACAUUCACUGGAAGGAUUCAUCAUAGGUUUUGUUGUCUACCUGAAGGCAAUUAAGUGGUCAGACCAGGUAAUAAGCUCACAAUUACAUAAACACAGUACAUUAUGUGAGCAUGCGUGGUUGCCUGCAUAUGACAAGGAAAUGGAGAAAACAGAGAAACUUACCGUUACACUAGAGACUAAAAAGGGGAAGUCUCAUUUCCACUGGAUUUAAGUAGAGACCACAUACACACACCGAUUACUGAGAAUUCUGUCACAUGCAUCUGGGGAGUUCCGAGAGUAAAAUAGCAGCUGUAUGCCUACAUAGUCCAUGUGUAGGUUUAUUGUGCUCAUUUCUAGAAUUUUUGGCACUAUGCAAAAAGUGAUUUUUGAGUUUAAAUAUAUAGGCACUAUAUAUUAAUAGUUAAUAGUUCAAAAAAACAGUGCAAUUUGCACUACAAAACACUAAUUUAGAAAUGAUUGCCAUCUAUAUAAAUAUUUGAUGAAACCGCCCAGGAGAGAAAAGCACGCUUCUUUAAUUCAGACAACAGUUAAAACCUGAAGAAAAAAAAAAAGUUGAAAUCUGUGAGACAUUUAUUUUUUGUAUUAUUUUAAUCAUUUCUGUGAUUUGGAUGUAUGUUGGGGUUCAUUGUGUUGUUUAAAGCUCCAUCUACUGCCAACCUUCUAGCAGAAACGAACACGUUUUGUGAUAAAAUAUCCUGGUAUUUAGCAGAAUUAAUGUCAUUAAUCUUCAUAAGAGCACCUGAACCACCAUCCACAAAACAGCCCCAAAACAUCAAUGAUCCACCACCAUAUUCUAUCGGGGUUGGAGGCAUUUUCUUCUAUAAGGUCCACAUUCUAUGUCAUACAUGCCGGUGAUGUUAAAGGCUAUGUCAUUCUAAUAACUCUUGGUAAAGUUAAAGUGCUUCCCAUCACCAUCCUCCUCACUGUGCAGGGGGUCAGUAUGCUCAUGGGUUUGCCAAUUACUGGCAUUUUUUUUAACUGCUCCAAUCUUUUGAAACUUAUUAUGUCUCUGAUUGUGCUUAAUGAUCAUUUUUAAUUUGUUAUGUAUUUUAUGUCCAUUAUCUGAUAUGAAAACACACAAGCAGUUAUAUAUUUCCAUCUGUCUCUUUUAUGCUGAGCUGUUUGCAAAGGUUCUAGAUACUGAGAGCAAUUUGAUUAAAAGUAGAUUUUUCCAUUAAGGAUGACUGAUUGCAUUUAUUUUAAAUAUUCUUCAACACUGUCAGUAAUUGUACAGUAAAGAAAAAGGUAUAAAUUUUUUAUGACAAUGAUUUUGUAAGAGGAAGAGAAAGUAGUUUCCCCUGCUACUUGGCUGGAAGAUUUGAAUAAUUGUGUGUAUUAUUUUAUGAUUUUAUGAUUAUUUUAUGAUUUUUGAUUGUAAACAGUCCCCCACUUCCUCAUGCAAAUGCAGACUGUCACCCUCCAAGACAGUGUGUUUGUCUAGUGACUGUUGGAUAGAAAAAGCAUAUACAGACCGCAGUGCAUAGAGCCGAAAGCCAACAGGACAUUUCAUAUAGUUAGAAAGUUAUUUUUAACCCUUCCAUGAUUUUUUUUUUUCAUUUUGAACCUUGGUUGACUUGAGACUAAUGAAAUUAAAUAUGUAAAACAUAUUUUAAAAACAAACAAACAAACAAACAAAAACAGUUAGUGGAUUUAGAUAUCCUGGGACAGAAGGGCAUCCAUUAAAAUUAAAAAAAAUAAAAAAUAAAAAAAAAAA